AUGUCGUGCCGGACGACGCUGUCGACGCUUGUCCUUAUUUGGCUUCUCCUCGCGCUCGCUCGCCUCCUAUUCGAUUUGAUUGGCAAAUUGUGGCUCGUCGCCAUUUUCGAUCUACUACAGAUAGUUUGCUGCAUUACCGGUUUAUUCGGCUCAAUCCAAAAGCGAAAAGCUCUACUAUAUGCGCUUGUGUGCUCAAAUUUCAUUUCGGUCGCCCAAAACGUCCUAAUUUUCCUUUGGUACAUCGGCGUGUUCGGCGAGAUCACGCGACCGCUGCUGUCCGCCGGCCUGCCCUACUCAUUCUCGUUUUUUCUACGAUUCACACCGGCGUGCCAAUCGCAUUUCGAUCUGAAACGGACGAUUUGGGUGCAACACAAUUGUCUGGUGCCGUUCUAUUCGAUCGAGGCUUCGCAAGCGUUGGCGCACAUCGUGCUCGCCGUCGCUUCGACGAUUCUCGCGAUUUUGGUGCUCGUCGAGAUACGCGACGAGAAGAAGCCGCGCUCGACGACCGUCAAUCAUUAUGCGCAAAUUUGUGGCGCCAAGGGUGUCGAGGUUGGCGCCGCGCCACCAGCCGCCGCGUCGAGCAGCGGCUACGUCAACUCGACGUAUGACGAGCUGAGAAGUCAGAAUUCGUCGAGAGAAUCGAGAAAGGAUGUGCCGUUACCGCCGCCGCCGCCGCCGCAACCGCCAAUCCAAAGCCAACAGUUUGAGCGCGUCUCGAAGCGAAAACGCGGAAAAAUUCGGCCAAAUUCGAUGAUGCCGGCUCCCGACAUUCCGGCGUGCUCAUCGUCGAAAUCGUCGGAAGACGAGAACGCCGUUGAAGAUGUCUACACGAAGCCGAUGAAACGCAAAUCGGUGCUCUCGCCGACGAGACGAUCGCCCGACGACAAGAUGACGCCGCGAGCCGCCAACGUCACAUCGCUGGUGAGCUUUGAUCCGAAGAGCAGCACGCUGCUCCGCGUUCGGCAACACUUGGAAAUCGACGAGGAGAGUAUCGAAUGCGACGGAAUGUACGAGCAGCUGCGAUCGCGAUCAUCGGGAAGCGACGGUGUGCCGCCGUCAACGAUACCGUUGAGCGAUUACAAAUACCGCAACUCGAGUCAGGAUUCGGUGCCGUCGAUGUUCGCGCCGAUGCUCAACUGCUUCUCGCCGUCCGACGCCGCCGAGGCGACGAGAACCGCGGCGCCGAUCGCGUCGCCGGGAAUCCGAUUGUCCGAUCAGCUAGCGCUGUCAGGAUCGAAGGCGCCGUAUAAAAGCGCGUUCCGAAUUCAAUCCAAGGAUUCGUCGAAAGUCAUCGGCCAUUAUCAUGCGCCGAACGAGAUUCCGCUGUCGUCGAGCGAGCCCGUCGAUGAUGGCGACACGAAAACGUAUCCAGUGCUGACGAGCGGCGGAUUACUUGUCUGA